AUGAGUUUUCUCUUCGGCAGUAGAAAGACUCCUGCAGAGCUUCUGAGGGAAAAUAAAAGGAUGCUAGACAAGUCCAUUAGAGAAAUAGAAAGGGAAAGGCAAGGCUUGCAGACUCAAGAGAAGAAGUUGAUUCUUGAGAUUAAGAAGAACGCCAAACAAGGACAGAUGGGGGAAGUGAGAGUGAUGGCCAAGGAUCUUAUCAGAACUCGCCAUCAGAUUGGGAAGUUUUACAAGCUUAAAUCGCAACUUCAGGGUGUUGCUUUGAGAAUUCAGCCUGAAGUUGUUCUGAAUGAUUGA